AUGUAAAGAUAACUUUUUGUAAUUUCUUGUUGUCUAAAAGGCAGGAAAGGUAAAAAUGGUUUGAAAUAGGUCUGGUGACGUAGUAUUUCUAGAAAAGUUGAAAUAAUAAUAUCGAUCAGAAUUCAAAACUAAACCUUUAUAGAUAUCAAAAUCACAUAUUCCAUAUUUAAAAGUAAAAGAUGAAAACGAAAAGUAACUGAAAAAAUAAGCAUAUCUGGUCUUAAGUGGUCGUAAAAUGAGAUAGUAAACACCUUUGGAUGAGUUUAUUAAAAAAAGACAUGAAAAGAGUUUAAAUUAGACUGCUUCUCUAGCUGAUGGAUUGCAUGCAAAAUCUAAACUUGAUAUAUUUAACAUAUGA